GCAGCCCCGCCGUGCGGAGCGCAGUUUCCGCCGCACCCCGCCUGCACCUUUCCUGCGCCCCGCAGGAAGCAGCCCCGGCCGGGACCGCGUCCUGGGGCCCGAGCGCGGCGGGACGGGGCUGGCGGGCCACCGAGAGCCCGCGGAGCGCGCAGCCCCGCGCGGAGGGAGCCCUGCCAAAGGGAGCGGGUGCCAAACCUGAAUUACCAGCCCUGAGAGCGGCUGUGGAUCCCGCGAGCUCCUGUGAUUUGCGGCAGGUUUUUCAGGUCCCCGCCUGUCAAACACACACGCAGAUACUUAAGCAGUCACCCAAGGACCUGCGGGGUUCUUGUUUUACACGCUUCUGGUCCCUGCCAGCUCCAGUGCCUGGCCCCAUAGCCCUGCCCUAGGAGGAGAUGGCCAUGGAAAAGCCAGUGAUUCCCACUGAGGAGCAGCUGGAGAUCCUGGAACACCACUUCUGCAAGGUGAAUAAGCAUCCUGACUCCACCACACUGUGCCUCAUCGCUGCUGAGACCGGGCUCUCCGAGGAGCAGACUCUGAAAUGGUUCAAGCAGCGCCUGGCGGAGUGGAGGAAGUCUGAAGGGCUGCCCUCAGAAAGCGGGUCUGUCAGGGACUAGAGGAUGCUGCUCCAAUCCCCUUGCCUCUUACAAAGGAUGGUGAAGCUCUUCAGAGUGGGUUUCCUUGGGGUUCUUCCGUUGCAAUAGGUUUUGCGAUACAAAGUAAUACUCUGCUAUUUAACAUAAAUCUUAUUUAACAUGUACAUAACCAGAAAAAACCCCACUAUAUAUAUAUAGAGCUAUAUAUGUAUACAACGUGUGUGUAUACAACUUUUGAUGGCUGAUAACCUAUCUUGUGAUUCCAACCCAUUAACAACAGCUGCACAAGAAAAGGCAAUUUCAUGCCCUCGUCCCAGGCUUGCAGAAAUUUUGCCAUGAUAUAUGUUCAAAUAUAGAAGGAAGAAAUAAAGAUUCCUUUUCCUUACAA